UCUUGUCAUCAAAGUCCUACUAUGGAGGAGGACCAACAUAAGCGGAAGGUUGCAAAGGUUGUUGCAAUAAGCCCUAAAAAUAAUACUACUCUAAACCCUAUAUAUCCUUCUUCUCCUCGUAGUUAUGCUACAGAUGCUAGUUCAAACAUUGGCGGCAGCAGCUGCAACAGCCGCAACAAUACUGAUGCUUCUCUCGAUCCUAUGAUUAGCCAAGGCAAUAAAAUUGUUACGGCUUAUGAUUAUGAUCAUCACUAUCAUCAUGGGGCUUCAGAUUAUGAAGAAGAUGCUUAUUUGGAUUCAUUCCCUGCUGGAUAUAGGUUCAAACCCUACGAUGAAGAGCUUAUUGUUCAUUACCUGAAAAAAAAGAUUAUGAAUGAGCCUUUGCCACCUAAUAGGAUCAAGGAGGUUGAGUUGUACAAGUAUAAUCCGGAGACCCUUGCAGCAAACUACAAAUCAAAUGGGGAGAAAGAAUGGUACUUCUUCACACCAAGAGAUCGUAAGUAUCCAAAUGGAGAGCGACCCAAUCGAGCUGCUGGAAAAGGAUAUUGGAAGGCUACUGGAGCUGAUAAACCUGUUAAUUUUGAAGGUUGUAAAGUUGGAUUCAGGAAGGCAUUGGUAUUCUACCAAGGAAAACCUCCAAAUGGUGAUAAAACUGAUUGGAUUAUGCAUGAAUAUAGAGUAAAUGAGCCUCCUAAGAGAAAAAGAGGAGGAAAUGAUAUGAAGCUUGAUGAUUGGGUCUUAUGUAGGAUUUAUAAGAAGCUUGACAGAUCUUUCAGGUCUCCAACUAGACCACGAGUUCAAGUUGUCCAAAAUCACCAACCACAGGAAAAUGGAAUGCUGCUGCCUGAAGAAUCCAAACAAAUUCCAAUGCCUACCGUGGCAGGGAAUUAUAGCCAAGGGAUUGAGAUGGGAUAUCUCAAUGCAAAUGCUGCUUAUGCUCCUGCUUAUCAUCUAAAUGGAAUUGGGACAUUUAUUACUGAAUCUUUUGACACUAGUCAAUUCGAAUUACCUUACUGUGGGAAUGCUGUUCAUCCAUCGAUGGGAACUGCAGGAGCAUCAUCCCCAUCUUCUUCAUCAAAAUUCUUAUAUAUGCAGAGUUAUAUUAGCGAUAUUCAUCCUAUAAAUGAACAUCUUCAUCAUCCGGAGGAAUUUUUGGCUGCGCAAAGGAUGGAUAAUAUUCUCUUGCCUUCGCUUAAGAACUUUAGUCCCUUGCCCUAUGCAGAAUAUGAUGAUAGUAAUAACUAGUAAGGAUGCAAAAGGCUGCCAUUGCAAUAUCAAUCUCUGAGGUUAUGCAGAAUCCAAAGAUAAUUGAGCAAUCCAAACUAUCAUUGAUGACUGACAUUUCAAGUCAUGGUAGCUAGUUAGCUAUUAUUUACAAUUUAGCUUAUUUAGAUGUUUAAUUAAUU